CUCUGCACGCAACACCGUAAUGUAACUGGCAGGCUUCAGUGUUGGCUGGGUUGCGUGCUCGGUAAUAAGUAGGCGCUUUUUGAAACCGAUACCGGACGAUUUACACGGGAUUUAGACACCGAUGGCUGAAGAAGAAGAGGAAUUGCUGUGUUAGUCGUGGGGGUAUUGAUAAAGCGGGAUGUGCCGGCUGUGAGGGUAUGUGACGAGAGGAGGAGGGAGGUUUGACAGGUCUCCACCAUGAAGUGCACCUCCAUGAAACUGUCCACCCGCCAGGACCAUCCAGGCACCCAUCGUGCCCUCCACAAGGAGAACCACCCAGCGUUCGCAGGUGAAAACGGCCACAGCUACUCGUUUCCGUUCUCGCGCCCCAAAACCACCCCCGACACCUCCACGACGCUCACCAUCACCACCAUCAACCUCCCCGACAACCUCCAGUGCUUCAACACCGGUUCUUCGCUCGACAAGUGGUCCAAAAAACGCACUCGACUGAAGUCGGCCAAAAUUUCCAAAACCCCGACUGAGUUCGACAAGGAUUUCUGCUACGAAACCCUCGAGACUGACCUGUCUAUUCUUCUGAACGACCCAGAGGACGGAGCAAGGUCUAGGUCCGGGUCUUUGGAUAAUCUUCACUAUGAAGUGCACUCAGACAUCGAGAAGUUGUUGGAGGAGACGCGCAGGAGCGUGGAGGAGGAGGACCAAGUGGGGGAGAGAAGACGCAAGAAACGAGGGAAAGGGAGGAAGAAGAAAGUGAAGAUGAUAAGGUUUUCGAAGACACCGAGUCCGCAGACGGAGCAAGUGAUAAGAGUGGAUGUGACGUCGAACGUGUCGGCGAACGACGAUAGAAGAAGAACCGUGGAAAUUGCGAAAUUGGAGGAGGAGGAAUGUGCGAAAAGGGAUGAAAUUGACGUGGAGAGGAAAAACCUGGAGGAAAACGCGGUGGAAAUGUGUGACGAAGAGUUCAUAGUUAGGUGCAGGCAAUUAGCACUAAGACAAAGGAGGAGCAAGAGGCUGAGAUAAUUUCACCUCCAAGACAAAUUAAUUAUUGUUAUUAUUCUAAGAUAAUUUUAAUGUCCAUGUUUUCCUUGUACUUAUUUUUAUUCUCAGAAAUAUAACUGAUUACCCAUA